AUACAUCCUUAUCUUUUCAAAUGUGACUGUUGACUUGGGGUAAUAGCUGUUAGCGAUUGGCCUUUUUUUGCUUUCAGCCUUGCAAUUUCUGCCCUCAGCAUGCGGCCUUGCGUUGCUGUGGGCCUCUCACGAAUGCUUGAGAAGUUCACAUCAGUAAUCUGGUCGUUCUCUGAGCCUGGAUGACCUACUGAUUUCGAUGGCGAUAAGAAGAGCCUGGUAUUCAAUGGAGUCUAGCUGAUACUGUUGCUGACAAUUCAAGAUGAGAGGGCACCCCCCGUGGGAUGCGUUUCCACAGAAUACGCAUAUCCUCGUUCAAGACGAAGAACAUGUUCAGAAACCUGAACGUUUUCUCUCUGCUAACCGCGGGAGUUCGCUGUAGAGUGCUUCUAAUUCGCGAACAUACUUGCUGAACGUUUGUCGAGAUACGGCCAAUCCACAGAUCCACCCGUCGGACAAUGUCUUCUCGCGGCUUGACAGCUGCGUUGAACCCUUCCAAGAAAAGCAAGCAUUCGUUAAUCCCUGCGCCACGCGAAAGAUAAGAGAAUAACCAACGAAUGCUUUUGCUGCUUAGUCGUCAGCUGCAGAUGCCAUGACUUCAAGUCUAGACUGUAAAGCCUAGAUGAGGAGAUAUUCAAUUUCUGCCCUUGUACCAAUCAUCUGGUUAAAGUUGUGGAGAUGCUGCUCACCCUUGAUUUAUCCCGUAUAAACACCGUCCUUUAGCCAUUGCUCCGAUGGAGUAUUUCAAUCUCUAGUUAUCUUCUUUUUCACAUUUGUAUACUUCUUCGUCUGGACUGCAAAGUCUUUGUACGGAUUGAACAAGGCUCCUAGCCCGUAUCAAAAUCACUCAAGAUACAGAACGUCGAACCGUGCCAAAGACAAACUAUACGGCCAGGUAUUCCUUACAAUGUCAACUGACGAGGUUGAAAAACACCAUGAACCUCGGUUCUCCAUAUCAUCCAAGCACGAUGCACAACUUGAGUUUGAAAGACGGGCGUCGAACAUCGUUGCGGCACUAGAUGGACAUGAAGUGAACGCUAGCGGCCACGAAGAUCAGCUCAAGAGACAUUUUGGCUUCCUGAGCCUGUGUGGUCUCGCGCUAACGGUGGAUAAUGCGUGGAUCGCAUUUGGAGGCUCUAUUAUCGUCGCAUCGUAUAAUGGAGGGCCUCCUGGAAUGUUGUACGAACUUAUCGUCGCUGUUGUGUUCUACAUGUUCAUCGGGGCAUGCAUUGCCGAGCUUGCAUCUGCUGUUCCUUCUGCUGGUGGUGUCUACCAUUGGGCGUCUAUUACUCCUGGAGUCAAAUGGGGUCGCAUGCUGGGCUUCUUUACAGGAUUUAUCAACUUCUUUGGCUGGAUUUUCGACCUCGCUAGCAUUUGCCAGAUCGAGGCCAACAUUGUUGUGCAGAUGUACGCGGUUUUCCAUCCAGAUCUUGAGAUCCAGUCAUGGCAUACCUAUAUUGCUUUCAUUCUACUCACGUGGAUUUGCUCGACCUAUUGCAUCUUCCUCAACCGGACACUGCCGUUCCUGCAGAACGUGGGUAUGUUCUUUGUCAUCGUCGGUGGGAUUGUAACUAUUAUUGUCGUUGCAGCCAUGCCCAAGCAACAUGCGAGCAAUGCGUUCGUAUGGAAGGAGUGGGACAACCAGACCGGCUGGACCAGUGGGAUCGCUUUCUUAACUGGUGUUCUCAAUGGCGCCUUCACUGUUGGAACACCUGAUGCCAUAACUCAUCUUGCGGAAGAACUUCCAAGUCCCAAGAAAGACCUGCCAAAGGCAAUCUUUCUUCAGGUUGGCCUUGGCGGUCUUAGCGCUUUCUUAUUUGCGAUUGCAAUACUCUAUGGAAUCAACGAUUUCGAUGCUGUGCUGAAUAGCAAUGGUUCAUUCCCUCUUGCGGAAGUCUAUGCCCAAGCAACCGGCAGCAAAGGCGCGACGUUUGGACUGCUUUUCAUUAUAUUUUGCUCAAUACUAAUAUGCCUCAUCGGCACAUUCUUGACACUCAGCCGAAUAUGGUGGGCAUUGGCGCGGGACUUGGCUACUCCAUUCCCGCAUUUCUUUUCGCAAGUCAACACCAAGCUCAGUUGCCCAAUUCCGGCAAUGAUUCUUACGGCUGUGAUCUGUUCGGGCCUCGGCGCUAUCACACUAGGCAGCAAGACUGCUUUCGCUGAUCUCGCUGGUUCAUUCAUCAUCUUGACAACUACAUCAUACGCGAUGGCCAUUGCGCCACACUUGCUAACUGGCCGCAAGAAUAUCCCUCCUGGUCCAUUUUGGAUGGGUAAUAUGGGUUAUGUUAUCCAAGGGAUUGCUGUUGUGUUGAUUAUCUUCUUCAAUGUUAUAUUUUGCUUGCCCUUCGCAUUGCCAGUUGAUGUCCAAACCAUGAAUUACAAUAGUGUCAUUCUUGUUGGAUGUAUCACUCUGACUGGGAUCUGGUGGUUGAUCUAUGGUGUCCGAAAGUACCCUGGUCCUAGGUUGUCUACUCUCUACAUUGAGGGUGUAGCCGCAAAAGUAGAAUAACUAUCAUCUUGUUAGGUUUCAAGCACGUGAAGGAAGUGACAACAACCGCUGAUCAAGCAAAAUAGUCGUGGUCGAUACAUAUUAAUCCAAUAUCUGUGGUUCUACAAA